GUCAGCGCGAUGCGUAAUGCAGCGUGGCUGAGCAGUCGGUAGCUGACACGGGAGGAUGCUGCAGGACCCCAGACUGCCUACGAAAGGAGGGAAGGAGGCUCUCCUCCUUUGCUGGCAGAUCAUUUUGCUUUGUAUCAGCGUCGGAGGCAGGAGCAUAACUGUUCUCUGUGUGUUUGGGACAAAAUAAGAGUUUCACUGUUAUGAGUCCAGUGCUAAAGUGUCAGCAUAGCGUAACUGUGAGGCACAGGAACGGACACUGCCCUGAGAGAGCCCAGCUGAGGAAGAAAGCCUGGUUUCCCUGCUAGCAUUCAGUGUUAAAUGGGUAGCCUCUCAGCUCCCCUGCCCUUCUCCACGUCCUGGUAUCUUAGGAUGGGGAGAUUCUUUAACGGAUUACAAUCUCUGCAAACUCCAACUCAAGAAGAGGAAGAAUGACAUCUAAGAGACUUAAACCAGUCUUUUCACCAUCCUGGGAAGGAACUGGCGGCCAGUAUUUGGAGUUUUGUUAAUACUCUACCUCCCUCUGCUGUUAUCAGCGGGAAGUUCCUCGACAAUGGGAAACCAUGUCCUUGCAGCUUCGAUUUCCAUGCUCUCGCUUCUAGCAAUGAUGGGAGACACGGACAGUAAAACAGACGGUUCCUUCAUGAUUGACUCCGACCCCAGCCGCUGUAUGAGGCAUCAUUACGUUGACUCCAUCAGCCACCCUCUCUACAAGUGUAGCUCAAAGAUGGUUUUGCUGGCUCGCUGUGAAGGGCGCUGCAGCCAGACAUCGCGCUCGGAGCCAAUGGUGUCUUUCAGCACGGUGCUGAAGCAGCCUUUCCGCUCCACCUGCCACUGCUGCCGGCCCCAGACCUCCAAGCUGAAGGCCAUGCGGCUGCGCUGCUCUGGGGGCAUGCGGCUCACUGCCACUUACCGCUACAUCCUCUCCUGCCACUGUGAGGAGUGUAACUCCUAGGGACGUGCCUGACACAGAAGAGAGAGGACUGGAAUGCUACUGUUGGGGAAGGCUACCAAGAAGUAAUCCAAGGUGAGAGUGAUGCUCCCAGCGUACAACUGCAGCGAGGACAGCACUAGCCAGGCUGGAUUGGAUCUGAGAGAUAAAGCAUAAAAUGUCCCGAGGCCCUGGAUGGUGCCAGUACUGAAGCUUGGGCUGUGACAAAGGCGAAAGCACCAGGACUUGUUUUUGAGAAGCCUGUCUUUUUUUUUCUGAAAGGAUAUUUUUGUCAGUUUCUUCUUUUUCAGGCUCAGCUUUGACUACAGAGAAGUGCUUUUACUUUAGGCCAAGGGCAGCAGAAGAAGAGAGUGGAAGGUCAGACGGAUGACAGCACUGCACUCUGGAAGUUGGCGUUCCGACAGAGGAUGGGCAUCAGUUCCCACAUACCACCUCUUAAACCUAUCAAUUUAUUCUCAGUUAUAAUGGACUUGAAAACAAAUUGUGUUGUUGGCAAGGGUUAUCUGUUACCGAUCUAGCAGCCAAGUGCUGGACAACUUUAGAUGUGGUUUAGCAGAAAUUACAAAUAAAUCAUUGAAAAGUGAACUGGAUAUGAAAAGUUGUGCUGGGAUUAUCCAACCCUAGCCAGUUUAAAUGAUUCUUUGCAGCAUGUGGCAUCAGAGUUCAAUGGCUGAGCGACUCUUGAGAAAUUAAAGGUCACGAGACUCAUUAUUCUCCUCCAAAACCUGAAAAUGUGACACAUUACAUCUGUCACAAAAGCCAUUAUUCGAAUG